AACUGGUUGGAGGAGUUUGGGAAGUGAACGAAUCCCCUUCGGCAGAGAGGAGCCUUCGCACGGAGCAGAUCAUGGCAGCAGCAGCCGAGUCCAGCCCUCUGACCACUCACGUGCUGAACACCGGAGACGGCGUCCCGGCGGCCAAGGUGGCUCUCAGCCUGCACCGACUCGACUCUAAGCUGAUCAUCUGGAGCAUGCUGAGUGUCGGGACGACAAAUGAAGACGGCCGCUGCCCAGGACUCAUCAGCCGAGAAGCUUUCACCACCGGCAUGUACAAGCUGCGCUUUGAGACCGGUUCGUACUGGGAGGCUCUGGGUCAGACCUCCUUCUACCCCUACGUAGAGGUCGUGUUCACCAUCACCGACCCGGAGCAGAGGGUCCACCUCCCUCUGCUUAUGAGUCGCUUCUCCUACAGCACCUACAGAGGAAGCUGAGGGCUCUUUUUUUUUCUCUCCUCCAGUUUGUCUUGGAAAAACUCAGAAGGAGCCGAGAGACGUGUACAACAGCAGACAGUAUAAGGUCAGCAGCGUAUAACGUCAACAAAAUCACAGUUAUACAAAGAAACAACCAAAUAAAGUAGAGCCAGGGGGUAGGCCACAUAGGUUUCGCCAAGAAGGUUCGCAUUUAAAUGAAAACAUCAACAGACAUUCAUAUAAUGUACAUUUUGACAGCUUUCCUGUUCGUACCGUAGGAAACACCAGAGAUUCAGUUUUUAAUUUCAUUAACCAGAGCAGCAGAAAAGGUAAAAAAGAUAUAAAAUUUGGCCAAAA